AUGGAUAGCGCUGCCCGUAUCUUUUGCCAUUUCCCAUUAUUAAAUGCAUGUAUUUAUGUGCCCCUCAGUGAGGAGGAAAGCGAAGACCAGGAGGGACAGAAGGAGAGACCCCCAAAACCGAAGAAGUUGAAGAAGGAAGGCGGGCGGGAUGAGGAAGGGGUGGAGCCUGCCCUGGCCCCUCCUCUCCCUCCUCCUCCUCCCCCCUCCUCCUCCCCUGCACAGCAGCCGCUGUCUUCCACGGAAGCUGGGAGAGCCGAACCCUGCGAGUCUGCAGCGGGGGCUGCCAGCUCCGCCCCGGCCCCCCCAGAGCCUGCCAUCUCCCCCAAACGGAGACGCUCCGUUAUCCGCGACCGCGGGCCCCUGUACGAUGACCCCUCCCUGCCCCAGGGCUGGGCGCGAAAGCUGAAGCAGCGCAAGUCUGGGAGAUCAGCCGGGAAAUACGACGUUUACCUGAUCAGCCCGGAAGGGAAAGCCUUCCGUUCCAAAGUGGAGCUCAUCGCGUACUUCCAGAAAGUGGGGGACACCACCACGGACCCCAACGACUUCGACUUCACUGUCACAGGGCGCGGCAGCCCCUCCCGACGCGACAAGAAGCCCUCCAAAAAACCCAAGGUGGUCAAAGCCUCAGGGAGGGGCCGGGGGCGUCCCAAGGGCAGUGGGAAGCUGCGGCUGCCCUCCGAGGGGACUUCGACGCCGAAGGGAGGCUACCUCCACCCCACCCGUCGCGCAAAAACACCUCGUCUCGCGGACCCCCUCAGUAACCUCGAUAUCCGCGGGCCCACCAGCCUGGCCGCCCCCCGUGCAGGCUGGGGGGCAUUAGUCCGCCAAGCUUUCGUUCUUCUCCCGAAUGCCGAGCGAUCCUUACACGUCGAUGUGCGCGGACUUCCCAGUUCACCCAUCAAGAAGCGCAAGACGAGGGAGACCGUGGAGGAGCCAGGGCCAUCACCUCCUCCCCCGGCCGCCGUGGAGGCGCUGGAGAAGGACUUGAGCGCCCCCAAACUGGGCCGGGAGGAGCAGCAGCCCAGAAAGGAGGCUGCCUGUCUAGGGGACAGCUGCCCCAGCAAGACUCAAACAGCCGCUGCUGUAGAAGCCAAAGGCAAACAGCAGCGGGCGGGGGUGAUCAUGGGAGGGGGGGCGGAGGGAGGGGAUGUGAAGGACAUUGUGCCCACGUCGGUCGUGCCGAGGCCCAGCCGGGAGGAGACUGUGGAGUCCCGGAACACCGUCAGCGAGCGACUCCUGGAGGAACAGCGGUCGAUUCCAGUGGCACAGUGGUUGCAGGACUGGGCUGUGGAAGGAUGCGAGUUCAAGUUCUCACACCAGAUCACCACCACCACCAUCACGCUCGCGCAGCCAGGUCUGUUGGGCUGGGUCAAUGAAAGUGAAAGCUUUAUCUUAAAGAACACAAAACCUUCCUGGCAUUGUCGCUUAGGGACCACCACCCUGUACUGAGAGAGAGAAAAAAAACGCACUAAAUCUACUUCUUUUUUUUUUUAUCCAAACCAGAGCUUUGAGACACAGUCUGCAUGUGCCAGAAGGACAGUGCCUUGAAGAAGGGGGGGGGGGAAGGCUUUUGCUGCUGGGAAAGAGAAGUGGCCUUUGAUGGAAGUCUUAACCGAAGCACGCACUUGUGCGAACAACACAGCCCCUCCGUGUUUUGCCCUCAGAUUUUUUUUUCAUUAUUUCAGCGCACCUCUUUCAGUAAAGCAAGUCCGAUUCACAAGAGGUAAAGCCGAGGAUAAAACGGAGCUGCUUUGUGUGGCUUGGAACUGCGUUUCAGGACGCUGCGCCUCACGCCAGCCAGGGAGACUUGGGAGGGUUUGAUACAGCAAACCCCAAACUGGGACUCCUGCCAGGGGGGGUCUCUCGAGACCAGACUUCAGGGGGGCCCGGCUGAAGUGAAAGGCGGAAUCUGUAACGCACUCAACGUUGUGAAAUUGCUGAAUGUUUCAACCAUGGCCAGUUUUGAUUGAAAUAAAUAAUAAGCACUUUAUAGCAGGUGUUGCCUGGGAGGGGGCAGGGGGGAGGGGCACCCUACUAUCUUUUUAUCCUAUUUUUAUAAUUUUGAUUUUUUUAGAUUAUUUUUUUUCUCUUCAAGCAGCGAGAAGGGUUGACUGCAUCGACUGUUUUAAACAAAGGUCAUUUCUUUUGAACCCGGAUCCUAGCCUUCCUGAUACUGGGAAAACGGCAGUUGACUCUCUGCUGUGUUUAAAGGUGCACAAGUGCCAUUUCCUCGAAACUCUUCCCUUAAGACAACAGGCAUUUAAAAAAUAAAUACAAGAAUCCAAGAAACAAAACAAAACAAACAACCUGCUCUUUCUUCCACUGUUAAACUGAGGAAAACUAAUCUUUUUACCCUGUGGACUACGAAAAAAACACAAACCGCUUCCCCACGUGGACGCAUACCGUGGCUACGUUUUUUCACAAUAAAAUAAAUAGUUUGAAA